AUGGCAAGCAUUGAAGCAGAAGGUCCUGAUGUUUCGGGCGAGAUUCCCCAGGUGCCGAUCAACUUCGUUCCUGCAACAGAGGGCGAGACCUUUGCUUUGGGACAGUUGACCAUCAGAAUCAUGGAAGAUGGUUCUAGGACGGACAACAGAAUUGGCACAGUCGAACUGACUGUUCCUGCCAACACCUCUGGCCCACCACCACACUGGCAUGAAAUGCACGAUGAGACUUUCCUUGGUAUGAGUAUAAAAUGGCCGAUGAUCAAUGUACUCGUUGCUAAUAGUCGCCANGUAACCGAAGGCACCAUCAGAUUUACUUGGUACACGACUACGGCAUCAGAACCGACCAAGACAGUUGACGCGCACGCCGGUGAUUACGUUGUCGUGCCCAUAAGAGCGCCUCACACAUUCUCCAACCCAACAGACAAGCAGGCCAAGUUUGUAAAUACCUUCACUCCGGCAUUUUACGUCAACUACUUCAAGCUCUUGGCAAAGUACAUCGGUAACGGCAAGGUCAUGACUCCAGAGGCCAACAAGAAGGCCAUGGCGACUUUCGCGACCAUUCCGUUGCCAAAGUAA